AUGCAUAUCUCCCUGGAGUUGAUGAUGAUGAAUAUGAUGGUGAAGAAGUCGUCUCUGAAGAAAAGUGGUGUUUCUUCUAGAAAGUCUAGGAUUCGGAAUCAGGUUAGUUGGUUCCCUCCUCCUUCCAAUUAUUUUAAACUUAAUUUUGAUGGUUCUAAUCUUCCAAAUAGUCAAGACUCUUUUGGAUUUGUUAUUCAUGAUCCAGAAGGGAAAGUUUUACUAUGUGGUGCUGGUGCUUUAGAUUUGUCGAUUUCUAUUCUUGUUGCUGUAGUUAGGGAUUUAAGAGAAAGUAUUAGAGGGGUUAUUUAUUUGGGACUUAGAAAUCUUAUUAUUGAGGGUGACAAUCUGGUUGUUAUCAACUCUGUUAGAAAUAUUUGGAAGAUUUUUUGGACAAUUAACGCUAUUAUUUUAGAUGCAGGGGAAGAUCUGAAGCAAUUUGAAGAUGUCCAAAUUCGACAAAUAUUUCGGGAGGCUAAUGCUGCUGCAGAUUGGAUGGCUCAUCGCGGACACACUACGACUAACAUUACUUAUUGGUUUUAUGUCCCUGAUUUUCCUUUUGUUGUAAUCAUUCGCAAGGAUGCUUUAGGGUGGCCCAAUUCUUGA